AAGUUUCAAACAAAGUAAGAUACCAGUGUGCAGCACAUGUGUGAAAACUGCUACUCCGCAAGCAAACACCGGAGCAUCUUUUGAGCUGUUUGAACUUUUCUUGAUUUCUUCAUUAUUGAAAAUGUUGCGGAGGCAAGCUCGUCAGAGGAGGGAGUAUUUAUUCCGAAAAUCUCAGGAGGAGCAAGAACGUAUCAUCAGGGAGAGAAAAAGAAAGUUGAAAGAUGCUCUCGAUGAAAACAAGAAGAUUCCAACAGAGUUACAGAAAGAUGCACUAGCCCUUCAAAAGGCCUUGGCGUUUGAUGAUGAUGGAGGAGAAGAACUGAAUCACAUUGAUGAUGAAUAUAGGUGGGCUGGUGUAGAAGAUCCUAAGAUCAUGCUGACAACAUCAAGAGAUCCCAGUUCAAAAUUGAAGCAGUUUGCCAAGGAGUUGAAACUGAUUUUUCCUAAUGCCCAGAGAUUGAAUAGAGGGAACUAUGAAAUCAGUCAGCUGGUUCAGGCUUGUAGAGCGAAUGAUGUCACUGAUCUUAUCAUGGUCCAUGAACAUAGAGGAGUUCCAGAUGCAUUACAAAUUUGCCAUCUACCCUACGGACCUACAGCGUACUUCACUCUCUUCAAUACAGUCCUUAGGCAUGACAUACCAAAGAUUGGAACCAUGUCAGAAGCCUAUCCUCAUCUUAUCUUCAAUAACUUCAAAUCAAAGCUUGGUGAAAGAGUGAUGAGCAUUCUUAAGUAUUUGUUUCCUGUACCAAAGGAAGAUAGUAAAAGAGUCAUCACAUUUGCAAAUGAGGAAGAUAUUAUCUCUUUCAGACACCAUACGUACAAGAAGGUAGACCACAAGAAUGUCGACCUGACCGAAGUGGGACCAAGGUUUGAGAUGAAACUAUAUGAGAUCCGCUUGGGUACAAUAGACCAAUCCAAUACUGCAGAAGUUGAAUGGGUGUCUAGGCCUUACAUGAACACAGCUAAGAAACGCAAGCAUCUAAGUAAUGAUUGACAACACAUUAUUAAUAUUCUACCAUAAUGAACCAGAAAGAAUAGCUGGAGUCCAAAGCGAUCAAUUCAUUGGUUAUCAACAGAGGGAGAUUUGAUAAAUUGUGAGUGUGGAGGCAUGUGAAAUUAGUGA